GAGGAACUGACGUAAGCAGAAAUGACCCCGGAAGUAAAUGGGGGUUAGGAAGGUUUUUGUGAUGGGAAGAAAAUUGGCGUGACAGAUCCACACACCUCCUCAACUUUCAAAGUUAUAAAAUGUGCUUAAUAUUAGGGGUUUAUUUGUUUCUCUAGCACAACAGGCUAAUGUUUGACGUCUAAAGCGACCUUUGCGAGCUGAAAUGAAGACACUAAUUGUAGGAGUGGGUGGAGUGACCAACGGAGGAAAAUCCACUCUUUCCAAGUCCCUACAGGAGAUGAUCCCCAACAGCUGCAUCAUUGCACAAGAUACAUUCUUCAAGGAUGAUUCUUUGGUACCAGUGGACACUAAUGGCUUCAAGCAGUAUGACACCCUUGAUGCUCUCCACAUGGACACCAUGAUGAGCGAGGUAGAAGCCUGGCAAAGAGAUCCCAAGACCAUUUUCAGGAAAGCACAUCUGGCCCAGGAGAAGAUGACGCCAUCAUCAGCUGUUGACGUGUUUGUGCUGAUUGUGGAAGGCUUCCUUAUAUUCAAUCAUAGCACUUUGAAUGAGCUCAUGGACAAAAGGUACUUCUUGGAAAUACCUUAUGACACAUGCAAGGAGAGACGAUCUUUGAGGGUGUAUCAGCCGCCCGAUCCUCCAGGCUACUUUGAUGGACACGUGUGGCCCAUGUACCUGAAGAACCGCCAGGACAUGGAGCGCACGUGCACAGGAAUUGUGAUUCUGGAUGGACUCGGGUCAAAGGAGGAGUUGCUGGCCACUGUAUAUCAAGAUGUUUGUCAAGAAAUAAAGAGGUGCAAAGGUAUUUUGACUCAGAUAGUUUCAGAUGCAGCGAUGAAACCAUACGGGAGCACCUACAUACCCGCCUCCUAUGUCAAGUACAUUGAGUCUGCAGGAAGCAGAGUCACGCCCAUCAAAUUGACUCUUACUACUGCAGAGUAUGAAAACAUAUUCAGGAGGAUAAAUGGCCUCCUCCUCAUCGGUGGCGCCUCUAAUUUGGAAACAUCUGACUUUGCAAGGGUGUCAAAGAUAUUUUAUCAGCUUGCUCUGAAGGCCAAUGACGCUGGAGACUUCUUCCCAAUUUGGGGGACAUGCUUGGGAAUGCAGCUGCUCACUGUCCUGGUAGCCGGGCAAAAUCUUUUGACCAAAGCCACAGCUGAAAACGUGGCCCUGCCUCUCAACCUGACACCAGCAGCCUAUACCAGCAGGGUGUUUGAGGGCUUCCCUAAGGAGCUGAUGGAGGCUCUGCAAAGAGAACCUCUCACUGGUCAUUUUCACCACUAUGGACUCACAGUGAAGGCAUUCAAGAACAAUGAGAAACUGCAAGGAUUCUUCACUAUAAUAUCUACAAACACUGGUGAAAGUGGAGUUGACUUUGUCUCAACCUUUGAAGGCAAGCAAUACCCUUUCUAUGGAGUGCAGUGGCACCCGGAGGUGAAUCGUUUUCAGUGGGACAGUAAACUGAACUUUCCUCACUCGCCUCACGCAGUCCAGCUGUCGUCGCUUGUGGCAGAGUUUUUCGUCAAUGAAGGGAGGAGAAGUUUGCAUGACUUUGAUGACUCUAAAGAGGCACUGAUUUACUGCUACACGCCCGUAUUUGCUGGAAACUUCAGUGGAUAUGAGCAAAUCUAUUUUUUCUAAAACAUCGUCCUGGAACUGCUGUGGCAAUGACAUUUCACAAGGCAGGCGAGUCACACAGGGUCACCAAAAUAUGUAUUUUUCCUAUUCAGACACCUUUUUUUAAUGAUUGUACUGUUUUGGUUUUAUUUGACACAAUGUGCUCCAUUAUUAAAAAGAAAGUCUGUUCUCUGUUUUUAAGAGCUUAGAAGGUGUUUUUGUAUUUAUAAAAUAGGGUUGUAUGGUAUAUCGAUAUUAGUGUAAUAUCGCCUCUAAAAAGUCAACCACCCCCCACCCCACCGUCGUCGUCACGUCGUGUUGGUUUACGAGCAGAGGAGCGUGUUCGGCAGCGCACAAUCACGGAGUACUUACAAGCAGACACAGUGUGUAGACAGAAAAGGGAGAACGGACACAUUUUGGCUUAAAAACUAACGAUAAAGUUGAAGCUAUAACACUGAAACACCCUCAUGAAGAGGUGCUUUAAGACAUGGCUAGCUAGCUAGCGGCUAAAGUCCAUCCGCAGUCUGCAGUGUUGUAGCUACUUCUAAAUCACUAAUCCUUGUCUCCAUGGCGACAAAUAAAGUAUGUUUCUUACAAGUAUCAUCCCUGCAGGACGAGGAAUAGCUAAAACAUGCUUCUUUACACACCGUAGCUCACCGGCGUCAAAAUGUAAACAAACGCCAUUGGUGGGUCUACACCUAACAUCCACUGUAAUGAUACAAAGUACAAGAGCGUAUCUAGUCGAUACUACUGACUACAUCGCUAUUUUUUAGCAUCACAAAAUCUUCUUUCGUUUAAAAAAAAUUUAUAUUACGUUUAUAAACUCCGUAAAUACAUCCCUGGAUACAUGAGGACUUUAAAUAUGACCAAUAUAUGAUCCUGUAACUACUUGGUAUCGGAUUGAUACCCAAAUUUGUGGUAUCAUCCAAAACUAUUUUAAAGCAUCCAAACAACAGAAGAAUAAGUGAUUAUUACAUUUUAACAGAAGUGUAGAUAGAACAUGUUGAAAGAGAAAGUAAGCAGAUAUUAACAGUAAAUAAACAAGUAGAUUAAUAAUUCAUUUUCUGCCACUUGUCCUUAAUAAUUUUGACAAAAUAAUGGAAUGAUAAAUGACACAAUAUGUUACUGCAUAUUCAGCAGCUAAAU